AGUGUCACAGCCUCCUCUGGGCUCUGUUGCAGAGCCAGGACUGGACCAAGAACGACGAGAAGCUCCUGCAGGCCGUGGACUACAACGAUGCCGGGCGGGUGACGUCGCUCCUGCUCCGCAAGGGCCUGGUGCCCACCAAGCUGGACUCGGAGGGCAAAUCCGCGUUCCACCUGGCUGCCACCCGGGGGAACGUGGACUGCCUGGAAGCCAUGCUGGCCCACGGCGUGGAUGCCAUGACCAAGGACAGCUCGGGUUCCACUGCCCUGCACUUGGCCUCCAAGCACGGGCACCCUCAGUGUGUCAGCAAACUGCUGCAGGCCUCCUGCCCCGUGGACGUGGCUGAUGGCAGCGGCCGGACCGCGCUGCACCUGGCAGCCGUCAGCGGCUGCAUCUCGUGCUCCGAGAUCCUCUGUGACUUCAAGGCCCCCUUGAACAUCAAGGACAAGGAUGGCUCCACCCCGCUGAUCCUGGCUGCCAAGAUGUGCCACUCGGAGCUGUGCCGGUACCUGCUGCACCGCGGCGCCGCCGUCAACAGCCGGGACCUGCAGGGCAGGACAGCCCUGAUGCUGGCCUGUGAGAGCGGCAGCGUGGAGACCGUGGAGGUGCUGGUCAACGCCGGCGCCCGCGUGGCCGUGGUCGACGCCACGGGCCACGACGCCGCUCACUACAGCCUGGCCACGGGCAACGCCCUCAUCCAGCACUUCCUGCAGGAGGCUGCUCAGCGCCGCUCCUGGGCCAGUGAAGAGGAGUCAACUGAGCAGACAUCCCAGACCUCUUCCCCCAGCCAGUCAUCCGUCAGGGAGAAGAGCAGCACCCCGAGGAAGAGGAAGGCCCCUCUGCCUCCCCAGGGCACCCUCAGCCAGGAGGACCGGGACGCCUACGAGGAGAUCGUGAGGCUGCGGCAGGAACGGGCCCAGUUCCUGCAGAAGAUCCGGGGCUUGGAGCAGCAGGAGAAGCAGCGCCGGGAG